AUGCCGGUGGUGGCUCAGAUCGCAGUCUACCACCCACGCCAAAGGCGUGAGUCGACUCGGAGUUCUAGUCCCUUUGACCCUUAUCAUGGAAACCAGACGGGCCCAGACAUAAAGGGUAAAAGGAAAGCGUUAGGGAGCCCGGACUACUCAAGUCCUCAACAGAGUGACUCCAGGCAGCCAAACGAAAGCGAUUACCUCCAGCAUUCGAGGGAUGUUAGUCCGCAUGGUUCGCGUGACCAAUAUAUGCAAUCGCCAACACCUGCACCCAGAUCAGAUAAAGGCAGCACAUACCCGUCACCAAGUCCUCAUCAGUUGGACCAGCAGACCAGCAGGGAUCUACCUUAUCGCCCAAGCGGUGACACUCAUCAAUCGAGAUCCGGGAGCCCUCGAGGAAGCAAACCUGGGACUUCCAAUGAUCCACCCAGAAACCUCCCCGGAAGAAGUAACAAGCAGCUUAAAAUAACGGCUAACAAGCCUAUGUUAUCCUUGUUUAGUGCUAGUGAAACUCAUGAGCGCUGA